AUGAUGCGCGCAUUGAUCUUCGUGGCUUCCUGCUCCGCCGCCCUGGCAUUCAUUCCUCCAGCGCAGCAGAUGAACUCGAAGCCUCAGGCCCCGGUCAGCUACUCCGCGCAGGAACAGGGCAGCCAGGCCUCGAGCCCGCUCUCCUCGGUGGUCUUCGGUGCCAGUGUCGGCUACGCCGCUGCGGCCGUCGGAGCAGCAGCACGCCAGGGCCGCGUGACGCGCUUUGCUGAAGAUGCGCCUGCUGUGGCCAGGACUCCGGUCGCCUACCCGAUCUUUACUUUCCGCUGGCUUGCCAUCCACGCCUUGGUGAUUCCCACCGUCUUCUUCCUCGGCGCGAUCAGCUCCAUGCAGUUCAUCCAGCGCUGA